AUCACUCCUCUCCUUCCCUUGCAGUGCUGUCUCUUCCUUGCACAGUUGCACCAGUCUUACUUCAAUUCUACAAUAAUGGCUGCUUCAACAAUGGCUCUCUCUUCCCCAUCAUUUGCCGGCAAGGCGGUACAGGUUGCUCCUUCAACCCCGGAGCUCGGUGUUGGACGUGUCACGAUGAGGAAAACAGCCCCCAAGAAGGCUCCCUCCGGCAGCCCAUGGUACGGCCCCGACCGUGUCAAGUACUUGGGCCCAUUCUCCGGUGAGGCUCCAUCCUACCUUACUGGAGAAUUCCCUGGUGACUACGGCUGGGACACUGCUGGGCUUUCAGCUGACCCGGAGACCUUUGCCAAGAACCGUGAGCUUGAGGUCAUCCACUCCAGAUGGGCCAUGCUCGGAGCCCUCGGGUGCGUCUUCCCCGAGCUCUUGGCUCGCAACGGGGUCAAGUUCGGCGAGGCCGUGUGGUUCAAGGCCGGAGCUCAGAUCUUCAGCGAAGGUGGGCUUGACUACUUGGGCAACCCGAACUUGAUCCAUGCACAAAGCAUUCUGGCCAUCUGGGCUACACAGGUUAUCCUUAUGGGUGCUGUUGAGGGUUACCGUAUUGCUGGUGGCCCGCUCGGUGAGGUGGUAGACCCGAUUUACCCAGGUGGAAGCUUUGACCCAUUGGGCCUUGCCGAUGACCCGGAGGCUUUUGCUGAGCUUAAGGUGAAGGAGCUGAAGAAUGGGAGAUUGGCCAUGUUCUCCAUGUUUGGAUUCUUCGUUCAGGCCAUUGUGACCGGCAAGGGACCGUUGGAGAACCUUGCCGACCACCUUGCCGAUCCUGUGAACAACAAUGCCUGGGCUUACGCCACAAACUUCGUCCCCGGAAAGUGAGUCCAACGAAGCUGCUAUUCUCCUCGAAACUGAGUGUGAAUUUAAGAGUGAUAUUGGGCUUGCGCACAAAAUGUGUGAAUUAAUGACAUGUACUACUGCUGUUGUGAAUGAAUGUCAUUAUUUUUGGAUUUCCAAAA